AUGGGGCUCCUCGGUGGCAUCGUAACAGCCCUCUAUGCUUCUAACGUGAUAGCCACAAAGGAUUCUUCGGAAAAUUUUGACGUAUUGAAAUAUGUUGAUCCGUUGAUUGGCACUGCGAAUGGAGGCCAUGUAUUUGCUGGCGCGACUUUGCCGUUUGGUAUGGCCAAAGCAGUGGCGGACACAACAGGCGAGAAUCAAGCUGGCUUCGCUUAUGAUACCAAGGUUGUGACCGGGUUCUCACACAUGCAUGAUUCUGGAACUGGCGGCUCCCCGUCAAUGGGAAAUUUUCCCAUCUUCGCGCAAGGAAAUUGCCCGCAUGACGACAUUAACCAGUGCAAUUGGCAACAAUCGGACAGAGCAGCUGUCUGGGACAGAAAGUCCCCUGAAGCUCGCCCGGGCUAUUUCAGUAUCUCAUUAGCGAAUGGUGUUCAAGCGGAAAUGACGACCACGAAUCGAUCUGCUUUAUAUCGGUUCACUUUCAACAAAACCUCCGGUCAGUCGCUCAGUCCAGUGGUUCUUCUAGAUUUGAUGGAUUUACCGCAAUCUCGAACAAGUGGAAGUGCCGAUGUGGACCAAUCGACUGGGCGUAUCACGGGAAGCGGUACUUUCAGUCCGAGCUUUGGUAUUGGCAGUUACAAGUCCUAUGUCUGUGUUGACUUCAAAGGAGCAGAGCUUCGUGAAACAGGCACCUGGGAGAAAAACCAAGCAAACAUCAACAGGCGGACAUUGACACUCGGGGCUGACGCAUCAUCCACUCUCUCAGCUGGUACAUUUGCCAGAUUCCACGCCCCCAAAGACAACAGUAUUCUUGCUCGCGUUGGCGUUAGCUUCAUCAGUGUUCACCAGGCUUGCUCGAACGCGGAGCGAGAGCAACCCGACUUUGACUUCAAGGGCACCGUUUCCGCUGCUGAAUCUGCUUGGCGAAAGAAGUUGGAUGUCAUCUCCGUAGAUGCAGAUGGAGUUUCAUCAGAUCUACAAACGGUCUUUUGGAGUGGAGCAUACCGAACAUUCAUCAGCCCUCAAGACUAUACCGGUGAAAACCCCCUCUGGGAAAGUGACGAGCCGUAUUAUGACAGCUACUAUUGUAUAUGGGACUCUUUCCGCAGCAUUCAUCCACUGCUGACCCUGGUUGAUCCUUUUUCACAAUCCCUCAUGAUGCGCAGCUUGAUCGACACCUAUAGACACGAAGGGUAUCUGCCUGACUGUCGCAUGUCACUUUGCAAGGGAUUCACGCAAGGCGGGUCCAACGCAGAUGUGAUUAUGGCAGAUGCGUAUCUGAAAAAGGUUCCGGGUAUCGACUGGGAUACUGCAUAUGAAGCUGUUGUCAAGGAUGCGGAGGUAGAGCCCAAAAACUGGGAUGUGGAAGGCCGCGGUGGCUUGCGGAGCUGGCAAAGUCUCGGCUAUAUUCCCUUUGAUGACCAUGACCCUGAUGGUGAAGGUACACACACUCGGAGUAUAUCGCGGACGGUGGAAUAUGCCUAUAAUGACUUCUGCAUUGCCGAGAUGGCACAGGGCAUGGGCCAUCAGUCCGACUAUGAGAAAUACACGAAACGGUCUGGAAACUGGGUCCACAUGUUCAAGCCCGACCAGAAGUCAAGCAUCAACGGGGUCGACACCAACUUCACUGGAUUCCUACAGCCUCGAUACACGAACGGCACGUGGGGCUACCAGGACCCGAUCUUUUGCAGUCCUCUUUUGAACUUUACCUCAUGUUACCUCAAUCCUGAUGGCCAUGAGACCUAUGAAGGUAGUGCAUGGAUGUAUACCUUCUAUGCCCCCCACGAUAUGGGCGCUCUUAUUAAGACGCUUGGCGGUGCUGAAUCCUUCACCUCUCGGCUAAGCUAUCUCCAUGACUCUGGUUUGCUUUACGUGGGAGAUGAACAGGCCUUCUUACCCGUUUAUCAAUUCCACUACUCAGGACGGCCAGGUCUCUCGGCAAAGCAAAGCCACUUCUACAUUCCAUCCCAAUUCAACACGACAGUCAAUGGUAUCGCCGGUAACGAUGAUAGCGGAGCCAUGGGCUCGUUUGUUGUUCUGAGCAUGAUGGGCCUGUGGCCAGUGCCCGGUCAGGACGUUUACCUGAUCACUCCGCCCUAUUUCAAAGAAGUCAGCAUUCGAAACGCCCUCACCGGAAAGGUUGCCACUAUUCGCAACACCAAUUUCGAUCCUAGUUACAAAUCCAUCUAUAUCCAGAGUGCCAAGUGGAACGACAAACCGUGGACAAAAAAUUGGAUUACCCAUGACUUCUUCACCAAAGGUGGUGUUCUUGAACUUGUGCUAGGUUCCAAGGAGAGUGAGUGGGGAACUCAUAUUCAGGAUCUCCCGCCGAGCUUGAACGAGUAUCAUUGA